AUGGGGCGGCGAUCUGGCGGUGAGGUGAUCCCGUUGGCAUUCAGUUCCGAUUUCUUCAUUCUUGUUGAGUGCACAUGGGCGGGUAUUGACGCUGGGCAUGAGUUUGCCGGGCUCUGCUUGGCGACCGUGAUGCUAGCUAGCUUCACUGGAGAAGUGCGGUUUGUCAACGAGAAGACCGGAGAGAAGGUGUUCAAGAACGUACUGACUGGCGAGAAAACCAACAGGACGAUGCCCACGGAUUACCACACCUCGAUCUCCAACGUGAUGAACCAGCGGCGCCUGAAUUGGCUCGCGGGGCAGCGGGGCGGCGCGAACCUGUACGGCGCCCAGGCCAGCGGCGUGCGGCCGCCAGGCAUGUGA